AUGCAGACCGAGACGUUGGUUCACGGUUUGACUUUUGGGGAAGGGCCACGCUGGCACGACAACAAACUGUACUUUAGUGAUCUCUACUUUAACGUAGUCAAUACAUAUGAUCCAAUUACAAAAUCGCUGGAAACUGUCUUGACCUUGGCUAGUGACAAUACUCCUUCUGGUCUGGGAUGGUUGCCAGACGGCCGAAUGCUCGUUUGUGUCAUGGAAAGUCGCAAGCUGAUCGUUGUGGACCACAAUGGUCAAGUAUCUGACUACGCAGACCUAUCCAACAUCGCAACAUUCCACACCAACGACAUGGUAGUCUCUGCAAGCGGCACAGCCUAUGUCGGAAACUAUGGAUUUGAUCCUUUCGCAGUCGAUGUCAAUAUGGCUGCGCACUACAAGCCUGCUACACUGGCUAUUGUUCAUCCAGACAGGCGAGUUGAAGCUGGUCCUAGUGGUUUAGGGUUCCCAAACGGAAUAGUCAUUACUCCUGAUGGCAGGACUCUCAUUGUCGCUGAGAGCGCUGCUAAAAGAUUGAGUGCGUUCGAUAUUGAUCCAACGACAAACCGGUUGAGCAAUCAACGAGUCUGUGCUGAGACUCCUGAUUGCACACUUGAUGGGAUCUGUCUUGAUGCGGAAGGUUGUGUCUGGGUUGCAAACGGAUCAGGAGUAGAUAUGUUUCGAUUCAGUCCUGGAGGGAAAAUCAUGGGAUCUGUACGAACAACUCAGCCCUCCUUUGCAUGCAUGCUCGGAGGUGCCGAUCACAACACUUUAUUUAUCAUGACUGCUCCUGCAGCAGGUCCAGCCCAAGCGAAGAUUAAAGGCGGAAGAUUCGAAGCAGUGAAAGUCUCUAUUCCUGGCGCUGGACUUCCUUGA